CUGACGUCACAUACGACCCCACCCCACCUCGCGCAGCAGCAGCCUAGUUGCAGUGGCAGCUUUGAGCGCAAAUUUGCAAGAUUGAAGUGGGAAAGCGGGACCGCAAGGAUCAGAAUAACUCACAACAUAAAGAAUCCGCAAAGACAGGAUGGAGGAAGCCGAUCAAGUCCUUUCUGACCUCCUGACCAUCCUGUCUUCAUCCCGGUCACCUCGUCUCCGCCCAACUCCUUGGAUCUGAGCAGCCUGUUCUCUCUCAUCCCUCCUGGGCUGCAGUGAGUCGGGACCCAGAGGCCAGACUUCAUCCCAGAAGUAGGCGAAGAUGCAGUGGAUGCAGUACCCUGUUCACCCUGCAUGGCCUUAACUGAGAAAGAGCAAGCAGAGCUCUGCAGUGAACUAGCUAAGGUGGAAGAUGAGAUCCAGACUCUUUCUCAGGUGCUAGCGGCCAAGGAGAAGCAGGUGGCGGAGAUCAAGAGGAAGCUGGGCAUCACUCCACUCAACGAGUUUAAACAGAACCUAACCAAGGGCUGGCAGGAAGUCACCACCUCCACCGCAUAUAAGAAGACCUCAGAGACCCUAUCCCAAGUGGGUCAGAAGGCAACGACAGCAUUCUCCAGCGUGGGCUCAGCCAUUAGCAGAAAGCUGGAGGACGUAAGAUUACAGUCAUUUUCCAAUUCUUUUGGUAUACGCUCCAUACAACAUUCGGCUAGCAUGCCAGUGAUGAGGAACACACCCACCUUCAAGUCAUUUGAGGAGAAAGUGGAAACCUUAAAGACUAAGAUGAGCCCGACCCCGUCGACAGGAGAUAUUGAAGAGGUUUCAGACUCCACACCUGACGGAGAGCCAGUGGUUAAACAGCCGGAGGGAACGGUUCCACCAGAUCAACAAACGCACUGAGGACCCACCCUCAAACGCUUCUUUCUUUUUACCUCCUGUUCUCCUUCCACUUCACAGCGGUACUUCUGCAUAGUUACAGUGAGCUUUGCUUUGUGGCCACUUUUGUAUACCGGAGUCUGGUUCAUCUCCAGACGGGACGUGGUAGUCCUACACUGGAGCAGAUGUGUCAGAAUGUGAGAUGUAUGUUCAGGCUGUCCUUCAAAGGUCCCUUUUGAAGAAAAAAAUCUUGAAUUUGAAUUUCCUUAUUUGUGUACAUCUUCAUCCAACUACUUAAAAUCAGCAGCCAAAUUAACCAAAUUUCUUUCUGUAGCCAAAUUAACCAAAUUUCUUUCUGUGUAUAGUUAUUUUUCCAUUUCAUUUUUUUUUUUAAACAAAUGCCAAAAAAAUGCAGAACAUGAGUUCUGUCUCUAAGUGUGUACUUGAAACUAAAAGAUUUUUGCAUAGUAAGUAUGUGUAUUACUUUAAUACCAAAUAUGAUCAAACAGUAGUGACGUUAUAAAAUAUAUCAUUAAUUUUUUUUUCUAUACUUUGGAUUCUAGUUUUAGAGAGUUUGUGUCAUAAAAUGAGAAUACUUGCGAGCUUUGUGACUUUAUUUUUGUAGCGUUCGGAUGGUGGCACCACUGAGAUCCCAGUGCCUUUUGUUGUUAAAGAUGGGGAGAUUUAAAGAGAUAGUUCACCCAAAAAUGAAUAUUCUGUUAUCAUUUACUCGCCCUCAAGUUGUUCCAAACUGUAUAAAUUUCUUUCUUCUGCUGAACACAAAAGAAGAUAUUUCAAAAGAAUAUGGGUAACCAAACUGUUGAUUGUCCCCAUUGGCUUCCAUAGUAUGGAAAAGAAAAAUACUAUGGAAGUCAAUAAGGUCCAUCAACUGUUUGGUUACAGACAUUCUUCAAAUGAUCAUCUUUUGUGUUCAACAGAAGAAAGAAAUUCAUACAGGUUUGGAACAACUUGAGGGUGAGUAAAUGCCUGAAUUUUCAUUUUUGGAUGAACUAUCCCUCGAAUCUCACUUUGAUUGCAUUUCAGAUGGCUUUGUAAUUGGACCACUGCUGUAGUUUCUUUCAGACGACAGGACAUACUAUGAGAGGGGUAGACAUCAUAGUCUUCUUGACUAUAUGACACCUUUUCCCUGUUGUUUUUAAACUGUGUAACACAGGCAAAAAGCAGUGCAGUGUUAAUAUAAAAUGAUUAGCUUUACAUCCAGCGCAACUACAUAUUUCCAAGCACUAAUUCUACUAUUGUUAGUGUAGUUAAUGGAUCCGCUUACACUGUAGUACCUGCUGUCAAGCUCUUAAACUACACAAUUAAGUUGAUGUUAUAGGUUAAAAAAAAGGUAUAUUUUUUAUUAAUAUUGAGUUUGUAGAUAUUUAGUAACAUUUAUAUGUUAAGGUGCAGGGGCUUCUGCAUGCUAGUUGCGUUUAAAGCAGAUGUUCUCGUGCAUUAAUAUUUCAUUCUUUGCUCUUAAUGAGUGUACUACAUUGUUGCAUUUUGCUUUGAUACACAUAGACAAGCACAUGUUUUAUGCUUGCUGCUAUGCUUUUGCUAGAAAUAUAUAGGAAUACGGAUGUUUACAGAGGUUUAAGUUCAACAUGUUUGAUCUAUCAGUCUAGCUCUGGUAGUCAUAUCCUAUAUUUAAAAAUACUACUAUGAAAAAUAUUGUCAACAGUAAUCUGUUUAAAACAAUUGUUUUAUUUGUGUUUGUGUUGUGACUUAACUAGAUGGAGGGUGGAAAUCUCCAGUGCGACCAAAAACGAUUUAAUGCAUCCCCCUUCUGCCUCACUGAUAUCAUACUGUAGCUCAGGUGUUGUAUGUUUCCUCUUUCUUCACAUCAUAUUUUGAAUAUGAAUGUCGCUUUACACUGAACGUCUCCUAAUGGGCUUUUGUUUUGGGUAGCAGUCGUAAUUGAAUCUGCUGUUGUUCAUUUAUAAUCAGCAUCCUGAAAGACUAGAACUACUUUAAUAUAAACAUAUGGUCCUUUGUAUGUCCGAUGCAUAAUAAAACGCAUUACACAGUC